UGCCUAGAUUUCAGAUGCAUCAGGAUGAUCAGAGUCAUGGUGUGAAGGAACAUGCAGGCCAAGGGAGAGGAGUGUAGCAUAAAUACUGUGCAGAGAGAGGGGCUGACUGCAAGAAAAGCUCUAAAUCUGCACAGCCAGUUCAGAGACCUGUAGUUUACUGUGGAGCCUGAAGAGGGGUUUGCUCAGCGCUGGAGAGCCUUGGCUAGAACAGAAACUGCCUGCUCACCCACCUCGCUCAACUAACUUCCUGUGAUGUCAGCCUGGAGGAAGUAGCAGUUUGGAUACAAGUCAGUCAGACUGUAUGAAGUAAACAGAGAGCGAAUCAACGAGGUGUGACAGGGUGGGUAUAUUGCGUGACCCCAAGGAUGGUCCGGAUUUUGGCCAACGGAGAUAUUGUACAGGAUGAUGACCCCCGGGUGAGAGCAAAUGCUCAGCACAGGGAGAACACCUCUCGGCAGGAGUUUUUCAACGUGGCGCCUAAUGCAGGCCAUGCUCCACCGCAGCAGCAGGCUGCCAGGCCUGGGGGGCGCUCUCCGUUUUCGGAACUGAACCAGCAGCUAGUGAACAUGGGAUUCCCCCUCUGGAACCUCGGUAACCAGGUGGUGGAGCCAGUGAUGUCCAUCCUGCUGCUUUUCCUCCUCAUGAUGGGAGGCAGAGCAUCUGAGAGGGACUCUGACAGAGAUGGGGCUUCAACGCUGGGGGCCCCCCAUUGUGAGCUCGAGUGACGGAACUAAUCCUGUUAGUAAAUCGUUCCUGCUCUUUCCACAGAAGAGAAGCUCCUUGUGAAAAGAAACAAUAAGGGUGAGCAUAAGGGAUUUGGGUGCUUCUACAACGGACGUGUUAAUCACCAGACCUAAUCUCCUAAACGACUGUGUUCCCGUGUCAGGUUGAAUUUGAAGCCUGGAUGCUCAGAGUGAGUUUGAGGGCUAGUGCAGUAGGCUCCAGUCAGGCAGGAACUUAAUGUAUCCUAAAAACUGAUUAAUUGAAAUGAAUUAAACCCUGUUAAUACCUUCUCCAGCCUGGUUCUUUUGUUACUAUUCCAUACCAGCUUCAGUCCUAAACUUCUCACAAUACUAGGCUGCUAUGUCAUUUUUAACUUAAGGUAAUUUGUCUCCUAUACCUCAACAGGCAUGAAAGUUGCGUUGCUGCUGAGGAUGCUGUGUUUUGUAACCUGGACAUGUAUCCGUCCCCAGCAUCCCAGAAUUACGUUAAGGUAUACUAUGCUAGUGGAGGUACUGUCCGUUUUAACCAGGCUAUUCUCUGCAUUCCAAGGUCUCAAUCAAGUGCUACGAAACAUUAUGUGUUGAUGUUAUUUAGUGAACCAUAUUGCACAUUAGCACAGUUUUAAGAGAUAUUGGGCUUGUAGCAGGCAGAUUAAUGAGUCACAAUUUUGUGAUAAUUUACAUGGGUAAGCAUUUGUGAAAGACAAGAGGCAAGCUCCUAGCCCAAGGUCAGAGCUUCUUAACACCUUCAACAGAAGAAAAAGGCCAUGACUUACAUUGGCUUGCAUUUGUACAAAAUCAGUAGAGAAAUAUCUUUUAGGAUCUUUCAAUGUUGGAGAUUUAUUUUGAUUCAUAUAGAGUACAGUAACAAAGGGGUUGUUGGCCAUGCCAGUCUUAAAUCCUGGAAAACACCCUUUCUAAGACUAGGUGAGUGGAUGAUGGUGAAUGUGCAUGCCAGGGGAAUGUGUCUGUGUAUUUGUGUGUGUGUGUGUGUUUAAGCACACGUCGAGUAUGUGUCUCAGGCACACAUGUCUUACAGGAUUGUAUUCAUGCAUGCCUAAUAUGUGCUAAUUUUACAUGUCUUCUGCAGGGUCACUUAGCUAUUUCCCAUAUGUGGAUGUAUAUCAGUCAUGCAUGUCUUUGCUUGUGCUGGCCAGACACACAUGCCUUCAUGUUGGAGCUCUCGGCACCAAUUUCGAACGUAUUAAUAUAAUUAAUUAACAUGCAAUUAAUUAGUUGAUUGAUUAACAUAACUCUGUUAAGCUU